AGCAGCGGCGGCCGAACAAAAUCCACCAACCUUCUUCUCGUUCAUCGUCGCUUCUCCCGCUCAACACCUCCUCCUCUUCCAUAAUGGCGUCUUCUCUCACCAGCCUCGCGAGCGUGCGGCCGGCGGUGGCCGGGCCGAGGAGCCUCCGCCGCUCCCAUCAACGGACCCCCUCGCCGGGUUUCUUGGGUCUCCGAGGGAGCUCCUUGCCGGCGCCGGAGAUCUCCUCCGCCGCCGCUCUCUCCGGCGGCCAUGGGCUUUCCUCCCUCUCCGUGUCAUCCUUCCGGAGGAGUGCCCGCUACACCACCUCGGCUCGUGCUGAGUUGAAGUCUCAGGAAGCUGAAUUGCAGUCUAAGGUUACCAACAAAGUGUUCUUUGACAUAAGCAUUGGGAACCCUGUGGGAAAGCUUGUUGGAAGGAUUGUGAUAGGGUUGUAUGGGGAUGAUGUGCCCCAAACUGCUUGAAAACUUUCGUGCUCUUUGUACAG